UGUAAUUCUUAUUAUUAUUGAUCAUUUUUCUUUCCCUUUUCUUUCCUUAAACAGAUCUCGCUGGGGAGAAAUUCCUUUGAUCAAUUUCUAGUCAUUGUCUCUAGUCUCCGGUCUCUAGUUUCUACUCUCCAAUCUCUAGUCUCUAAUCUCUGACACCAAGUUUCAUCCUAAACAUUCCAAAGGAAACGAAGAAGGAAAAAAAGAAGAUUCUCGUCCCGAGAGGAGAGACUACCACCCUAUCCCAUCCCAUCUUUGUUCUUCCAAAUUCUACACCGUCUUGUUCGAGAGGUCUUCAAUUUACUCAAUUUACUCGUACAAGAUAAUUCAUUUCUAUACUUGUAAAUUCUCCACACAAAGGAACACUCUUUCACUCCUUCAACUUAACUUAACUCGACUCAACUUAACUCAACUUAACUCAACUCCAUUUCACUUAUAUUCACUUCAUACAACAACAUCAUCUUGCAACUUCCCAUUCCAGAAAAUUAAUAUCAAUAAAAGAUCCGACCCGAACCAAAACCCUCCAUCUUUCGGUUAUCUCGAGAUUCAGAUCACUCUCGCAUGAUUUGAUAGUUUUGCGCCGAAUGUCUCCAUUUACAAAUUCAAUCGCAUUUCCUUAGAAAUUUAUUGGUCAAAUCGAGGAUAAGGGGAGAUAGAGUCUUGAUUUCACCCAGACUUUUGCGCCCAUGGGAAACAGCUCUGGAAAGCCGGUGAACUUCGAAGAUGAAGUGAGCCUCAAUCAUUUUCGACUUCUGCGAGUGGUUGGAAAGGGUGCUUUUGGAAAAGUAAGGAUAGUAGAGAGGAAGGAUACCGGAUUGACGUUUGCGCUCAAGUACAUUCGCAAGGAUGAGGUCGUUCGACAAGAAAGCGUCCGGAAUAUAAUUCGAGAACGACGAAUGUUGGAGCAUCUAAAUCACCCAUUUAUUUGUAACUUGCGAUAUAGUUUUCAAGAUAUUGAGUACAUGUAUCUAGUCGUCGAUUUAAUGAACGGAGGAGAUUUACGCUUCCAUAUUUCGAGAAAGACCUUCACCGAGGAAGCUGUUCAAUUUUGGAUUGCCGAACUUGGGAUUGCAUUAAAGUACAUACACAAGCAGGGUAUCAUACAUCGGGAUGUCAAACCUGACAAUGUUUUAUUGGAUUCCGAGGGGCAUAUUCAUUUAGCAGAUUUUAAUGUUGCAUCGGAUUACACUUCACACAGACUAUUAACGAGCAAAUCUGGCACUCUAGCGUAUCUCGCACCCGAAGUUUACAAAGGAUGUGGAUAUGGCCCUGGCGCAGAUUGGUGGUCAUUGGGAGUACUGUUCUACGAAUGUAUCUACAAUAAGAGGCCAUUUGAAGGUAGCACACAGACAACUCUCGCAGCACAGAUAACCAAAGCUUCACCGAAUUUCCCCAUCACUGCACCAGCCGUUUCUAUGCCAUGUUUACAUGCCAUUAGCUCAGCUCUCGAGGAGGAUCCAGCGAAGCGAAUGGGUUCAGCCGGAUUCGAAACUUUUACCGAUAACCCUUUCUUCAGACCCAUAGAUUUCGAGGCACUCGAGAGAAAGGAAAUCGAGCCAGUCUUCGUUCCAUCCAGUGAAAAGACAAAUUUCGACGCUACUUAUGAUCUCGAGGAAUUACUAUUGGAGGAAGCACCUUUAGAAGCUCGGGCACGUCGACAAAAACCAAGAGAGGCUCUCAAGGAGGAUGCGACAGAGAAGGAAAUCAAGGAAGAAGAACUCCACAAGAUGAUUGAAGCUCAAUAUACGACAUUUGAUUACACCAAGGCAGCGUAUGACAGAUACAAUGAAGGUGGUGAUCCAAAUUCUCCGCCUCCGGUUUCACAAAAUGUUAGCCCGUCGACUCCAGCAUCACAAACUUCUGAUGAAUUUCCAAAGGCCACUCUCACGCGCACUUUAUCUAAGAAUCGCAAGAGAGCAGCUUCGCGGUCUCAGCCAUCUUCACGUUCUGAAUCACCAUCGAAUAGUGCAAAUAUUCCACCAGUUCCCAACUCGCAAAUUCCUGGCUCUCAACAACCUUCCCAAAAUACUAGCCCUGUAUUAGGACCUCCUCGUUCCGUACCUCAUUCACAUUCACCAAGUACCACCAAAACACCCUUAUCACCCUAUCAACAAUCAUAUAACCGCCCUCAUCGUCCUGGUGGAAUACGCAAGGAAUCACAAGGUGGUGGUAUGCAAGUGGUUUUAGGCGAAACUGGAAGUUGGUCAGAAUUGGCCAAGCAAGAUGCAACCCUACCCGCAGAUGCUAAAUUAGUAGAAGCGCAUGCCAAGCCAACUGGUAUGUUAGGAUUCUUAUCGAGAAAGAAGGGUAGAGGACACAGUCCCAAGCCACAGGAGAGGGGUAUCUUAGGAAAGGAAGGUGCAAGAGUUAUUAUAAGCCAAGGUUGAAAAUGUAUUGAAUCAGAAUGAUUCGAUGAGACAUUUCAAUCCUAUUGGUACCCAUUUACGAAUUUCCGGUACACAAUUUCCUUUGGUGCGAUCAAUGUACAUUCAUUGCAUUCGUUGCAUUUUCAAGGGGGGCAAGCGGGAGUUUUAUCACUUUUAUUUUACCCGAUCAUACGUACGCGGCUUUCUCACUACUCGAGCAUGCUGGACUUUUAAUUUCUUUUUCUACAUAUUUCUUUUGUUCAUGACAGAUAUGCUGGAGGAAUUAUGAACUCCAUGUGGUUUUUUUUUCUUACGGAGAGGGAGAUGUAAAUAUUAAAAGAGAAGCGAUCGAAUAGGCAUCUGCCUUGCGAGGAACGAUCGGUACUUGAAGCGAACGAAAGACUCGAACUCGAAUCUGGGAUAUGAUUUUCAUAGGACUAAAUAUGGAGGUACUGGUGGAAUGGAAAUGAUCUCUAGGAUUGAGUAUCGCUUUACAUUCUACUUUUGAGGGUUGGGGGGAAGAGGAUCGAUGAAAUAAGUUGGGAUAGGAUGUGAUGAGAUACCUAGUAGAUACCAUUUGGAGAGGGAAACCGAGAUUGCAAUCUUUAGGAUAUGCGAAUACGGUAUGGGAUAGGGGAUAUUCCCGGGAAUUGGAAUUGGUGAUGGGUAUGGUAUGAUAUGGAUAUGAUGGUUGAUAGAAUAUGAUGGGGUAGGGUAGAAUAGGAUUGGAUUGAUUUAGUUGAGUUGAGUUGAGUUGGAUUGAGAUAGAAUAUGGGAGGAAUGGAUGGGUGGAUGGAUGGAUGGAUGGAUGGAAUAAGAUGAGAUGAGUUUGAGUACUUUUGUAGAUAUGAUACCAAGAUGAAAUACGAAGCAUCUUUUCUCUUUUUUUUA